GUCUUCGCUCUCGACCGUGAACGCGUGAACACUAAUACUCUUGACAAAAUGUCGAUGCAAAUUUUCAACCAGCAGGCGACAGAAGAAAAGGCAGAGAACGCGCGUCUCUCGUCAUUCGUUGGCGCACUUGCGCUCGGAGAUCUCGUUAAAUCAACACUGGGACCGAAAGGAAUGAACAAGAUCCUUCAGUCUGCAUCGACAGGAGAGAUCAACGUCACCAAUGAUGGAGCUACCAUUCUCAAAGCAAUACAAUUAGACAAUGCUGCUGCUAAGAUACUGGUUAACAUCUCAAAAGUCCAGGACGAUGAGAUCGGCGAUGGGACGACAAGUGUCUGCGUGCUUGCCGCUGAGUUGUUAAGAGAGGCAGAGAAACUAAUCGCGAUGAAGAUUCACCCUCAGACCAUCGUUGAAGGGUAUAGGAUCGCCAGUCUGGCGGCGUUGAAGGCAUUGGAAGGUGCUGCCAUUGAUCAUUCCUCGGAUCCAUCAAAGUUCAGAAACGACUUAUACAACAUUGCACGAACAACAUUAUCCUCCAAGGUUCUCUCCCAAGACAAGAGCUAUUUUGCGGAUUUGGCCGUCGAUGCCGUCCUCAGAUUGAAAGGUUCAACGGAUCUGGAGCACAUUCAAAUCAUCAAGAAAGUUGGUGGGAAGCUGACUGAUUCUUAUCUCGAUGAAGGCUUUAUUCUGGACAAAACGAUCGCAGUCAACUCGCCAAAGCGAUUGGAGAAUGCAAAAAUCAUGAUCGCCAAUACAUCUAUGGACACAGACAAAAUCAAGAUCUUUGGUGCUCAAGUCAAAGUUGAUGGGACUGGAAAGCUUGCCGAGCUCGAAAGAGCAGAGCGUGAAAAAAUGAAAGCCAAGGUGGACGCCAUCGCGUCUCAUGGAAUUAAUUGUUUCGUUAAUCGACAGCUCAUAUACAAUUAUCCUGAAUCUUUACUUGCGGAGAAAGGUAUCCUGGUAAUAGAGCAUGCAGACUUCGAGGGUGUGGAGCGUUUGUCACUGGUGACCGGGGGAGAGAUAGCUUCGACCUUUGAUCGACCAGAUCUCAUUAAACUGGGGGAGUGCGAAUUAAUCGAGGAGGUCAUAAUUGGCGAGGAUAAGUUAAUCAAAUUCUCUGGAGUUGCAGCUGGCGAGGCUUGUACCGUCGUACUCCGCGGUUCGACAUCUCAAAUGGUGGACGAAGCUGAACGCUCCUUGCACGAUGCACUGUCGGUCCUCUCUCAGACUGUCAAAGAGACGCGGACUGUCCUCGGUGGGGGGUGUUCUGAAAUGUUAAUGAGCUGUGCUGUGGAUGAGGAGGCGAGGAAAGUGAAAGGGAAAAAAGCUAUUGCUGCUGAGGCUUUCGGGCGGGCAUUGCGUCAGAUGCCUACGAUUUUAGCUGACAAUGCUGGAUAUGAUUCGUCGGAUCUAGUGGCUAAGCUAAGAGCUGCCCAUUAUGAGGGUCAGUCAGAUGCAGGAUUAGACAUGAACCAAGGCACGAUCGGGUCCAUGACACAGCUUGGUGUUACGGAAAGUUACAAAUUAAAGCGACAAGUUGUGCUUAGUGCGAGCGAAGCUGCUGAAAUGAUCAUUAGAGUGGAUGACAUUCUUCGUGCAGCACCUAGGAAAAGAGAAGCCGUCUAACAAUGUCAUUGUUUGUAUAGUGCCAGUAUAAAAAGAUAAUUUGUGAACCUUUAUUUUUGGUACAUAAACUCACCUGUAAAGCCCCAAUAUCGGUACGUGCAGAAGUGAAUAUCUGUUGGUACACUGUCACACCGGAAGUAGAAAAAAUUUUACUCGACGAAUUCACUGUUAGAGUAUUCACGCCG